AAAUCAACGACUGCAGACGAUCAUCGUCCGGACAUCAAUGUCUUCUUAUAGCUGAGCUGUAUGAGUCUCUCGGGGCCAAUGACCGUCCAUUACGAUGUCUUCUUACCUCCUAUGUCGCUGACACCUUUCAGUGAGACGCAUGAUUGGCCCUCAAUCCGCUUGCAAGCCCUACGAUCGUCUCCGGAGUCUGCUUCUCAAGCCUCGUCGUUGAGACUUCGUUUGCCCGUCAUCUUACAAGAGCGAUCGAAUUAUGAGCAGGUUGUCGCCUCGACCUGCGCCAGAAAACGUACUGCUAGCGAUGUGCUCAGUGAAGGCUCUCACGACCGGGAUCGACCCUCGAGGCUCAAGCUGUCCUCUCGUCUGUCUGUCGACGAUCCGACCGCUCCUGCACCAACGAUGCCAUUUGGUGGCGUCGAGAUAUCCGACUCGUUCAUUUCUCUCAACACGACCACCUCGAAUCCAUCACAAUUUCCCCCGACGGCCGACGAUCGAGCCAAUACAUCCGUUUCGAAUCUGCCCCGAUGGCAUAUCCCUCUCUCAAAGCUAUCUACUCUUCAGUCGCUCCUCCGUACACGACCUCCACGGCGCAGGGGCCGACCAUCCGAGGGAUUACAGGACCAACUCGUCAACGUCUUGUUAUGCGUGACCUCUGUUGAGGCCCCGGUGCUCCGGCAGAGGAAAGAGGAGAAAGCAGCUGGAAAACAGGGUACACUUUGGAUCGCUAAAUGGUCAGUCAUUGCCCAGCCGGAGAAUGAAAGAGACGUGGGACAUUCAACCUCAUUAGGAGACGAGGUAGCUUGCGAUAUCAAGCUUUGGGAUGAUUGCGCGCGAGAAUUGGGAGAAGGCAAAGUCAGACGAGGUGAUGUGAUCCUCAUCCAAGGGGUCCAAUUCAAGCCUUCAACAGCGAAGGAGAAAGCUCAUCUGGUCCUCUCAUCCACACGAGCUCAUUCGCCGAGCGUGACCGUGGUGUAUCGAACUCUACCGCGAUAUCGAGACGCACUCGGAGCGUACAAAGCUCAGCCAGUGCGCCGGCAACCAGCUGCAGUUUUGACUCGGGCGGCGACUAUGGAUCCACACGACAGAUUGCUCAGACCAGAUCUGCGCCUCGGACGAAGCGACGCCGGCAUACGUAAAGUAGCAGAGAUUGCACGAUGGUUCGCAGAAUGGGUCGGCGGAGACGCGCCACCCGGAUGAACAAACAUGUCUAAUAAAGCUGGUCAAACGCUAUCUACCACAAAGUCAGAGCGGAUACGCAUCAUUCU